UUGACGUCAACCCCAACCCGGACGUGACGGCUGAUGACAGCGGCGCUCCAAUUUGCGGUGUUUUUGCGCUCUCCGUCGCCUUAAUUUUAUUCGAUUACCGGCGAGCGUUCAAAGGGGUGACUUAGUCGCCUUGAUACAAGCGGACAAAUAAGGAACGAUUUCUUACCGUCGGAGGCGUGGCCUGAGGCCGGCGCGUCAGGAUGAGCGGGGCGGCGCUGGGCGUGGAGAUGGUGGUGGUGUUCUUCCUGGCACUCUUCCUGCUGCAUCGCUACGGAGACUUCCGGAAGCAGCAGCGGAUGGUCCUGUUUGGAACGCUGCUGGCCUGGUACCUCUGCUUCCUCAUCGUCUUCAUCCUGCCGCUCGACGUCACCACGACCAUCUACAAUCAGUGCCGCACGGACCGCCAAGUUCACGCCACGGGCCCUCCCCUGUCCAAUCAGACGUCAGGGAACGCAUCCGCCGCACCCACUCAGAGUUCGCGAUUGGCGUGCUAUAAACCGUGGAGCUACAUCCCCGACGGCGUCAUGCCCGUUUUCUGGCGGGUGGUCUACUGGACAUCCCAGUGCUUAACCUGGUUGCUGCUGCCAUUCAUGCAGUCGUAUGCACGCUCGGGCGGUUUCUCCAUGGCCGGGAAGGUUCAGACGGCCCUCAUCGAGAACGCCAUCUACUACGGAAGCUACCUGCUCAUCUUCGGCUCACUGCUCAUCUACGUGGCCGUCCAUCCCGAUUGGCACCUGUCCUGGUACCAGCUGCAGACCAUCGGCAUCACGGCGGCCAACACUUGGGGUUUGUUCCUGCUGGUUUUGCUGCUGGGCUACGGCCUGGUGGAGAUCCCGCGCUCCUACUGGAAUGCCUCCAGACACGGACACAUGCUCCUCAAGACCUACUUCAAGGCCUCCAAGCUCAUGACGGAGAAGGCGGACGCCGAGGAGAACCUGGAGGACGUCAUGGAGGAGGUGAGAAAAGUGAGCGAGGCCAUCAAGUACAACCACCCUCUGAGGAAGUGCGUCGACACCAUCCUCAGGAAGUGCCCGACGGACUACCAAGACAAGUUGGGCCGCAACAUGGACGACUACGAGGACUUUGAGGACAAGCAGACGUUCCCCAGCGAGAGGAGUCUGGUCAAGCUGCACAAGCAGGUGAUCUACGCCGUUCAGCGGCAGAAGCGUACGCGCGUGCAGUGGCACAUGCUCCUGCAGGAAGCCUUCCACUUGGAGGACGUGGCCAAGAACGAGAGCAGCUCUUCGCGGCGCUUCGUCCGCAGCUUCCCCCCGACCGACCCCCCGGGGUGGUUCUGCAGAUACGUGUACACGCCCACUGCGGAGUGGUACUGGGAGUGCCUGCUGAAGCGCGGCUUCUACCGCGCUCUGGCCGUGGUCCUGGCGCUGUUCAGCGUUGCCGUGGUCUGGUCCGAGUGCACCUUCUUCAGCACCAAACCCGUCCUGUCGCUCUUCGCCGUCUUCAUCCAGCUGGCCGAACGCGACUACAACUACGUCUACAUCCAGGUGGCGUGCUUCAUCACCAUCUUCUUCCUGUGCACUUGCGUCUACUCCACCGUGUUCCGCAUCCGCGUCUUCAACUUCUACUACCUGGCGCCGCAUCACCAGACGGACGCGUACAGCCUGCAGUUCAGCGGCAUGCUCUUCUGCCGCCUGACGCCGCCGCUGUGCCUCAACUUCCUGGGUCUCAUCCACAUGGACGCUGCCAUAUCGCACCAGCACAAAGAGCAGACGGCCUACACCUCCAUCAUGGGCUCCAUGCGCGUGCUGUCCUUCGUGGCUGACGGCUUCUACAUCUACUACCCCAUGCUCAUCGUCAUCUUGUGCAUCGCUACCUACUUCAGCCUGGGCACCCACCUGCUCAACCUACUCGGCUUCCAGCAGUUCAUGGGCGACAGCGAGCUGACGUCGGACCUGGUGGACGAGGGCAAGGAGCUGAUUCGCCGAGAGAAGCGAAAGCGCCAGAGGACGGAAGACGGCGAGAACAGACGACGUGAGUGGAAGGAGCGCUACGGCAACGCAAGGGAGGAGCUGAGCGCCAGGGGGAGGAACAGCCACGAAAUGAAGGAGACCAGCUACUCGGACGGCGCCAACAACAGACCGGGCAAGUUUGGCCGUUCUGCCAAUCGAGCGGACCGUGACCGCAUAGAGCUUCUCCAGGACCAAGAACCUCUGGACUUCACCGCCGAUUCUUUAGCGGACGACACAGACGAUCGCGAUCCAGGGAGACCCACGGGCGGACGCUACCUGUCCAUGUCGUCAUCUCGCAGCCGCAUCUUCGACGACGUUUGAACCUGCAGAAGGCACCACACCGCGGGUGGCGUCUCCCAGCAGAGCGGCGACCCGACCCACUUUCCACUGGACUCGACCACCGUCUGCCGGGACCUCAUCUGCAGGUCCCGCCCAGGACGUCGGUGAAGUCGAGACAUCCCGCUUCUUGAAUGACGUUAAACGUGGACACGUGCUAACAGAUGAGAAGUUUGGAUCUGCUGUCCCUUGUUCUAUUGUCCAUGUGCCACACAAGCUAUUGUAUGAUCGGAUAUUUAUAGGCAAUAUUUAUGGAUGUAGUUUGUCCUCUGUGCAGUCAAUAAAUCGGGUCAAUGAAUGGUUGGCCGCUAACGAG